UCGCCUGGUCUGGUUCGGUUCACUCACGAAACUUCGGUUCUGAAGGAAUGGUUUUGGUGAAACCGUCCAAUGUAUUGAGUCCUCCCGGGAGGGACUUUAUUAUCUCCUCGGUGAAAGCAAGAUAUCUUCCGCGGGAUGGUUUGGAGUUGAGUGGGUUUGUCGGCAGGUUAUUGGCUGGGUCUUGGUGGGUAUUGUUUAUCGGUGGCUGGUAUGUGGGUUCUGUCGGUGGGGCUGCUGGGUUGAUGCAGGCUGUGGACUUUGGGGGCAGUCUCAGUCGGUGCAGGUUGGGCUGCUUGGUUGUUUUGCCGGGUACUGUCGAUCGGUUGGGUUGA